AUGCAAUUCACCAAAUUAGCUUUAGCUUCAAUUUUAUCUGGUUUAACAUCAGCUCAAAUUUAUGAAAAUGGAACAGUUAUAACAACAAAUGUUAUUGUUACAAAUUAUGUUACUUAUUGUCCAAAUCCAACUACUAUAGAAUUAACAGUUUGUCCAACUGAAGAACCAUGUAAAGCUACUGAAAUUGUUGUUACUGAAGCUACUCAUUUAACAGUUGAAGAACCAUGUUUAAUUGAAAGUACUAUUACUAAAGAUAUUACUAUAACUCAAACUGUAACUUGUUCAGAAUGUGCUCAUACUGAUGCUGAAGAAACUGAAACUAUUGAAACUGAAGCUCCAAUUCCUUCAUCAUCAAUUAUUGCUUCAAUUCCAGUUCCUCAAAAUGUAAGUGAAUAUGAAGGUGCUGCUGUUCAAAAUGUUGCUGGUGUUGCUGCUGGUUUCGUUGCUAUUGCUGCUGCUUUAUUAUAA